GCUGGUAUAGUUUGCUUCAAAUGUGGUCAGGCUGGUCAUAAGAGUAAUGUAUGCACUGCUGAAGUUAAGAGGUGUUUUCGCUGUGGUAAGACUGGCCAUGCAAUAGCUGAUUGCAAGCACAAGGAAAUGAUUUGUUUUAAUUGUGGCGAAGAAGGGCAUAUUGGAAGUCAGUGUCAGAAGCCAAAGAAAUCUCAAACUGGAAAGGUGUUCGCAUUGACCGGAACUCAAACCUCCAGUGAGGACAGACUUAUCCGAGGUACAUGUUUCAUAAAUGGUACUCCUUUAAUUACUAUUAUUGAUACCGGUGCUACACACUGUUUUAUUUCUGCUAACUGUGCUCGAAUACUGGGUUUAAAAUUGUCCGCUUUGGAUGGUGAAUUGAUUGUUGAGACCCCAGCUAAGGGAUCAAUAACUACUUCUUUGGUAUGUUUAAAAUGUCCUUUGUCGAUCUUCGAUAAAGAUUUCUAUGUUGAUUUAGUAUGUUUGCCGUUGGAUGGGAUGGAUGUAAUUCUUGGUAUGAACUGGUUAGAGUAUAAUUAUGUUCAUAUAAAUUGUCAUCAUAAGUCGGUGAGGUUUUCCACUCCUGAAGAGGAAGGAGUUGACUUAUUACCUUUCAGAGAAUUGCGAAAAUUGAUGAAAGAGGGAGCUCAGAUGUUUUCUUUGAUGGCGACGUUGUCGGUUGAGAGUAAAGCUAAGAUUGAGGAACUGUUAGUGGUGAAAGAAUUCCCUGAAGUUUUUCCUGAUGAAAUUCCUAGUGUGCCGCCAGAGAGGGAGGUUAAAUUUACUAUUGAUCUGGUACCUGGUACUAGGCCUGUUUCGAUGGCACCGUAUAGAAUGUCGGCAUCUGAAUUACCAAGUGUGUCACCGUGGGGAGCUCCAGUGUUGCUAGUAAAGAAGAAAGAUGGUAGUAUGAGGCUUUGUAUUGAUUAUAGACAAUUGAAUAAAGUAACGAUCAAGAAUAAGUAUCCACUACCGAGAAUAGAUGAUUUGAUGGAUCAAUUAGUGGGUGCCUGUGUGUUCAGUAAAAUU